UAAGUACAAGAAAAGCAAAGAUGUUUAAAAAGUAUAGUCUUGACGUAGCCGAUUAUGUAACUAUUUCUCUAACUCUCUUGUUUUCAACAGGUAUAGGAUUAUUUUCCAGAUAUUUCGGAGGAAAACAAAAAACGACGGCAGAUUAUUUGUUGGCUGGAAAAAAUAUGCCAAAGUAUCCUGUUAUCUUUUCUUUAAUGGUUACCCUUACUUCUACCACAUCUUUUCUUGCAUCUCCAGCUGAAGUUUACAAAUAUGGUAUAGGUAUUACCAUGUCAAAUUUGAUGAUACCCGUGGGAAUGCUUUUAUCAUCAAUUGUUCUUAUACCAGUGUAUUUCCAGUGCGAAGUUUCAAGUAUUACUGAGUUCCUGGAAAUGCGUUAUGGACGAAUCAUUAGGUAUCUGGUUUCUGUUAUGUUUCUACUGCAGAUGGUAUUCUACAUGUCUAUUUCUCUUUAUGGAGCAGUUUUGGCAUUGAGUGCUGUCACAGACUUGUCUUUUGAAAUGUCAGUUGUGUCCUUGGGAACUGUUUGUGCUUUUUAUUGUUCCUUGGGUGGGUUGAAAGCUGUUUUAUGGACAGAUGUCUUUCAAGCUCUAUUGAUGAUAACUUGUAUAUUGGCUAUAUACACAGCAGGAAUCUUUGAUGCAGGGGGCAUAACUGAAAUUAUUCAAAAAGCCACAUCUGGAAACAGGUUGAGUUUUUUCGAAUUCAUUCCAGAUAUGACAUUACGAUAUGGAUUCUGGGCAUGCGCCACUCAAGGGCUAAUAUUGGGAGUGUCAUUCUUUGGAACAAAUCAGAUUGAAGUGCAAAGAUUGCUCAGUCUCAGUAGCAGUAAACGAGCAAAAUCAACCCUUCGAAUGAGUAGUUUACCAAUGUUUUUGAUGCAUUCUGCUUGCUGCUACAUAGGAAUAGUGUUAUAUGGCGUUUAUUAUAAUUGCGAUCCGAUCUUGAAUAAAAGGACAACAGGAUUAAGCAAAUAUGAUCAAAUUGUCCCGGCUUAUAUUGUGCAAAGAUUUAGCUCCUAUCCGGGAUUGACAGGUCUAUGCAUAGCUGGUGUCUUCAGUGCCGCCUUGAGUACAAUUUCUUCAUGCCUGAAUUCUGCUUCAACCGUAACUGUUAUAGAUUACUUGAUACCACUCUUUCAAAAGAACAAUAUAUCUGAUUUAAAAAUCAUUUUCUUGGCUAAAACAAUGUCUAUUAUAUAUGGUGGAAUAUGCAUUGGUUUGAGCUUUAUAUUUCAACAAGCCAGCAGUAUUCAUCAUUUGACUCAAGUAUUUGUUGUGUUACCUCAGGGCAUUGUUUGUGGAGUUUUCCUGUUUGGAGUACUGACAAGGAAAGCUUCCGAUAAAUGUAUUUCCGUCGCUGCAAUAAUGACCUACAUAAUAAUGGCCUGGAUAGCUCUUAGCUCUUUGCAUGUAGGGUAUAUUCAAUCUACAUUACCCCUGAGUGACAGCAUGUGCUCUUCAUCACAAAAUGAAACGAUGUUUGAGAAUUCCACCAUGGUAGAAUGCUUGAACUCUACAAACUGCAGUUCAGUAUCACCAAUAUCAACUAUUGGGGAAUAUUUCAGGGACAGCUUUGUACUAUAUAAAAUGUCUUUCAUGUGGUAUGCUUUUCUUGGUUUCCUCCUCACCAUUGUUUUCACCUCCUUUGCUGUGUUGAUCACGGGUUGGAAAAAGAGCAUGAUACCUGCCAAUUCUAAAUGUUUAAGUCCAGUAGCUCGAUUAUGGAUAGAUAAAAAUUAUGACUCUAAUCAGGAACAAAAAUAAAUCUUCACCAAUACAAUUUUGAUACUUACGUCAAGA